GCACCAUAUGCAUAUAUACAGCUUCAAAAAUUGACUAAGGAACCGAUCGAAGUAGCAACUAAACAUGGCAGAAAGAAAUCGAUACACGAUUCAAUCCCCUCUCUUGUUUAUUAUGUGCCUUCUCGUUCCUUGUUUAGCUGAAUUUCCUGCGGACCAAAUCACUUUUUGUUUGACGCUUCAUGACAUCAACAACUUUACCACAUUCCCUAACACGGAAAAUGAGUCUGCAGCUUACUACAAGCUGCUCAACUUUUCCAUCCAAAAUCUUCGUUUCGCUGAUCCUGCCCUUCCUAAGCCAGUAGCCAUCAUACUUCCCGAGAGCGUUGAGCAGCUAAUAAACUCUGUGUCAUGCUCCAGACAAGGGUUGUUGGAAAUCAGAGUAAGGAGCGGCGGACACAGCUACGAAGGGACAUCAUCCGUUGCUGUAGACGGAGCUCUGUUUGUGAUCAUCGACAUGAUGAACUUGAACGGUGUGUCGGUGGAUUUGGAAACCGAAACUGCAUGGGUGGAAGGAGGUGCAACGCUGGGUGAGACAUACCAUGCGAUUGCCCAAGCAAGCAAUCUUCAUGGGUUCUCCGCCGGGUCAUGCCCAACUGUAGGCGCUGGAGGCCAUAUUGCUGGCGGUGGAUUCGGACUCAUGUCGAGGAAAUACGGACUUGCAGCCGAUAACGUAGUGGAUGCACUACUUGUUGAUGCAAAUGGACAACUGUUAGACCGACAAGGCAUGGGAGAGGACGUGUUUUGGGCAAUUAGAGGAGGUGGUGGUGGUGUUUUCGGGAUUGUCUAUGCUUGGAAAAUCCAGUUGUUGAAUGUGCCACAAGUCGUAACUGCCUUCGUAGUGUCUAGAGCUGCUUCUGCUGCUGCAGGAGGAGGAGGCAACGAAAUCUUUAAUCAUAAUGUAGCAAAGCUGGUAGACAAGUGGCAACACAUCGCACCUUACUUGGAAGAUGAUUUCUACAUUUCGUGCUUUGUCGGCGCUGGGUUGCCAGAGGUCAAGACUACUACCGUUACUGCUACUAGUAGUACUAAUAUAUCAGCUACGUUCAAAGGGUUUUAUCUGGGUCCAAGAAGCAGCGCCGUGUCCAUCCUAAACAAAGUUUUUCCUGACUUGGGUGUUGCAGAAGAAGAUUGCGCAGAAAUGAGUUGGAUCGAGUCCAUCGUGUUCUUCUCCGGCCUAAGUAAGGGAAGCUCAGUGUCCGACUUGAAAAAUCGAUAUCUGCAAGGCAAGGGAUUUUUCAAAGCGAAAUCGGAUUACGUUAGGACCCCAAUUUCUUACAGAGGGAUAAGGGCAGCCCUGGAAAUACUUGAGGAGGAGCCGAAAGGGUACGUGAUUUUAGACCCUUAUGGUGGGGUUAUGCAUGAUAUAAGCAGCGAAGCCAUUGCAUUUCCUCACAGAAAAGGUAACCUCUUUACAAUUCAGUACCUGGUGGAAUGGAAAGAAGAAGAUAAUCACAAAAUAAAUGACUACAUAGAAUGGAUAAGAAGAUUCCACAAUGCAAUGACAGAGUAUGUUUCAUGGGGUCCUAGGGCUGCUUAUAUCAACUAUGUUGACCUCGACCUCGGACUGAUGAUGCGGCAGCAGUUUCCUUUAAAUAAUAAUUUGGUUAAGGAUGAUGAAUCUGACGCUGUGGAAAUUGCCAGGAAUUGGGGUGAAAAGUACUUCCUAAAUAACUACGACAGAUUGGUGAGAGCAAAAACACUUAUUGAUCCAACCAACGUUUUCAGGAAUCAACAAGGGAUUCCUCCGAUGUCGUCGUCUUCGUCUUUGGUGGUGCUCGAUCAUUAG